AAAUUGGUCGCCAUUGUUGAAGAGUUUGUGUCUUGUUACUGUUACAAUUUCUUUCAUCGUUUUUUGCUUUUUCUUAUUCUCUUUGUUACUUAAUUUUAUCGGUUGUCUCUCAUUUUUCGUUAUUUUCUCACCUUUUUCUCAAUUCUCUUUAUCUUCUUUUCGUAAUUAUCAUCAUCAUGUCUGGUCGAGGUGGUAAAGGUGCUAAGUCAUCUCAAGGUUUGAAGUCUUCUCGUUCAUCCAAGGCUGGUCUUCAGUUUCCUGUUGGUCGUAUUCAUCGUCUAUUGAAAAAGGGUAAUUAUGCUGAUCGUAUGGGUAACGGUGCCGCUGUUUAUCUUACCGCUGUAUUGGAAUAUUUGACCGCUGAAAUUGUUGAAUUGGCUGGUAAUGCUGCUAAGGAUAACAAGAAACAACGUAUUAUCCCAAGACACAUACAAUUAGCGAUCAGAAAUGAUGAAGAGUUGAACAGGUUGUUAUCUGGUGUUACUAUUGCUUCCGGAGGUGUUUUACCAAAUAUCAAUUCCGUUUUGUUACCAAAGAGCAAUAAUAAAGGAAACAAUUCUUCCUCUCAAUCAACUCUUCCAAUGGCAUCUCAGGAAGUCUAAAAGUUUUCACAUGUAGGAUUCUACUAUUCGUUUAGAUGGUGACCAGUAUAAAAAGUGGACAAUUUCUCUCUCUAUUAUACCUUCUUAACCCUCUAUCCACAUUUCUCUUUUUUCUCCCCCCUCCCCUUUUCUAAGAUGAUCGUUUGUUAACUUACUUAACUGUCUUUUUUUUACCAUUUAUGAAAACUUGAACUCACCUGAUACUUAUAAAUGUAUCUUCAAUUACUGUUAAAUUUUGUCAAUAUUCUUCUUCAUCCCAUUUAUAUUAUUCAUUUACUCAUUAUCCUCAUAAAAGAUUCAUUCAAUUUGUAAACCUUUUCCCAUACACAUAAUCAGCCUCAUGAUCCAAAAAUUUCAUUAAUUGCUAACCAUUAAAACACCAUUCUAAUGUGAGAGGUUAACCCCUCAAAACCCUCAUGUAAAUUGUAACUAAAUUAAAAACCAUUUUGUUAAGCUGA